AUGCUUAACUCUCCGCUCCUCACAGAAAACAAUUGUAGUCCGUCCGUUCCAGUUCGUCUUUUAAAGCGAUCCCACAGGUGUUUUAAUGUCCCGUCGAGAAAAGCUUUCAACGAAAUGGAGUUAUCCCACAGGCAAUGUUUGGGACGAGUCCUGAUUUGGGCGGCUGCACUUCUGUCACCUGCGUUCACGGUCCUGGGCAAUGACAUUCUUGGCCUGAAGGUGGCAGGAGAGCCAGUGCUUACCCCCAACGCAGUGUGUUUACGACUGGCAGGCCUGACCAAAAGACAGAUGCGUUUGUGUGUGCGCAGCCCUGAUGUCACAGCCUCUGCUCUGCAGGGCAUUCAGGUUGCUAUUCACGAAUGCCAGCACCAGCUCAGAGACCAGCGCUGGAACUGCUCCUCCCUGGAGAACCAUGGCAAGCUGCCCCAUCAGAGUGCCAUUCUCAACAGGGGUUUCAGAGAGAGUGCUUUCUCUCUGUCUCUGCUGGCUGCAGGUGUUGUGCACUCGGUGGCGUCGGCAUGCAGCUUGGGUAAGUUGCGUGGGUGUGGCUGUGAAGCUAAGCGACACCUGGAUGAUGACAAAAUCCAUCUCAAGUUAACCCAGCUCCAGCUUCAGAGUUUUCAGAGGAGUGGGGUGACCAAAGCAGGCGCAGAAAGGAACACACCUGAACUCGGUGCACUCCACAGUGGUCUGCCAGCCAAUUUACGCUCGUCCCACCCUGUCAGUCUCCUCAAACCCUUACCAGAUGAAGUCACAACACUGCAGGACACCUGGGAGUGGGGAGGCUGUAGUCAUGAUGUCCGUUUCGGCGUACGAUUUUCCAGGGAUUGGUUGGAUUCCAGAGGAUCUCCUCGCGAUAUUCACGCUCGUAUGCGGAUCCACAAUAAUAGAGUUGGCAGACAGGUAGUUACUGACAACAUGAGAAGAAAAUGCAAGUGCCAUGGCACAUCAGGCAGCUGCCAAUUCAAGACCUGCUGGUUUGUCUCUCCUGAAUUCCAGCUUGUGGGAUCAGUGCUUCGGGAGAAAUUCCUGACUGCCAUCUUCAUAAACUCUCAGAACAAGAACAGUGGUGCUUUCAACUCACGAGUUGGUGGGACCACCGGCUCAGAUCAGACCAGAGGCCGGCGGCGCAGUAUCUCACGUGAGUUAGUGUACUUCGAGAAGUCACCCGACUUCUGCGAUCGUGAGCCAGCAGUGGAUUCUCUAGGCACACAGGGUCGCAUCUGCAACAAGAGCAGCCCCAGCAUGGAUGGCUGCGGGUCUCUCUGCUGUGGCCGUGGACACAACAUACUUAAACAGGCACGCAGCGAGCGAUGUCACUGCCGCUUCCACUGGUGCUGCUAUGUGCUCUGUGAGGAGUGCAGGGUUACAGAGUGGGUUAAUGUGUGUAAGUGAAUGGCUAUCUAUGUCCAUAGCUGCUUCUUUUGGAGUAGGAGGCAACAGCCUGUACCAUGUCAUGCUAAAUGUGACUGCGUGUGUUUUGCUCUCCCACAGUGUGUCUGUUUAUCCUUUUCUCUCCUUCUUUUAACCUCUAUCAUCUGGGAUCCAUUUGUGUUGUGUUGCUGUUGUUAUUCACAAUAUGCCAAGUCAGAAAUUGAGGAGGAGGUGACUCAUAUCAUUUGUCGUAUUUUUCCCUAUUUGGAAUCUUCAGCCUCUCAAACCAAGCAAAUGCCCCAAACGCCAUCUGCACCACUUAAUAACAAGGCAUGCACAACAGCAGGAGCAAAUUACUCCUGCUACGGCACUGCUAUGGUCUACCUUCUUUACAUUUUCAAAAGUGCCCUUAAUGUAUAUUACUUGCCUUGGCAAAAUGUUUGAGAAGUUUAUGUUGUAAUUGUUCUUGAUGGUGAAAUUCCAGUCUGGAGGGGCUAAGGUUUCCAAAAAAAAAACUGUAACAUAAAACAUUAUGAUCUUUUCCCACAUUGAUCUUUGAAAUAUCAGUAGCUAUUAUAGUUGGUCGGAACAUAUCUGUGCCUUUUUAUGAGGAUUCAUGAGAUGUUGUAUUGAAGCAAUGAUUUUGGGAAAAUCUCCCAAAUCUGGAGGAAAUCUUGGCCUUGGACAGAGAAUGUGCCCUGCAUAGUGCUCUGAUUUUGGUUGUUUUUUAUGAAAACCAGGACAGUUGUGAAGUUGAUAUGCUGUGUAACCCCAUCCUAACCUCUAAGAGACAAACCAAUCAGAGACAAAGAGAGUGAAGGAACGACUGGAGAACACUUGUGCCUCCCGUGGAUUUUUGCAGCUGAUUAAAAACAGUCACAUCUCAUCGCAUAGAGGAACUGGUGAACAAAAUUGGAUGCCAGAUGCCUUUGAUGCAAUGAUGGAAGACAUUCAUACUCUGAAGUCCUGGGUUAAAUUGUAUUUAAACAGUUGCCUUCGUAGUAUCAAUCAGUUUACAGUGAAAUUGUUGUAUAAGAUUUUUAACAUUCAUUUUGUGAGGGUGAUGCUUAGGAAAUGAAAUUAAUUAUAAGAAUAAAUUAACCUACAUUUGUUGCCACAUUUGAUCUUUUUGCACAGUGUAGAGAAUUUACCUUUGUAAUAUGUUUUAAAAUGUCUAAGAAAGCCUCAACUUUUUGUACAAGAUAUUGUUCUUGAUUUAUUGUCUGUAAAAUUACACUGGCUUUAGAACCAGGAAGGAUCUUCUAAGUUCUAAAUCUGUCUGCGCUUACCGAAAUUCGAGCCA